AUUUGGAUAACUCGCUUUUCCUUCUUUAUCUCUUUCUUCCUCUACCUUAUCCAUGGCGUCUGCUUUUAUUACAGUAGCAAAGCCUUUCUCUUCGAACAAACUCAUUCAUUCUUUCUCCACCCAGAGCUCACCAGGUUUGCGGAAGAGUGCUUUGAGAAUUAAUGCAGUGGCGAAGAAAUGGGAACCCACUAAGGUUGUUCCACAAUCCGAUAGAGUUUUAAUUCGUCUAGAGGAGUUGCCUGAGAAAUCAGCCGGUGGAGUGUUCUUGCCUAAAUCAGCUGUUAAGUUUGAGCGCUAUUUAAUGGGUGAGGUUUUAUCUGUUGGUACUGAAGUUAGCAAUGUGGAGGCUGGGAAAAGGGUUCUUGUAUUGGAUAUUAAUGCAUAUGAGGUGGAUUUGGGAACGGAUGCAAGGCAUUGCUUUUGUCGAGCAGGUGAACUGGUGGCUAUAGUCGAGUAGAAUCGAGAGUUUCUGAGGAUUCACAUAAGUAUAGCAGUUCUCUCCUAAUGGGGAUAGAUUUUUAUUGAGAAGAGCUUUUCCC